UUUUUGUAUUUUGCUUAUGACAUUUGAGAUGAUGUAACCUCUAAAAAUUUGUUCACUGUCGGUUGUUUUUUAUGAAAUUUUUAAUGAUAUAAUGGGCUGUACAGAAGAUAAGAAAAAGAAACUAUACGACCUUUACUCGGAAUUUGUACUGUGUAGAUUUGUAAUCGGUCAGUUAAAAAGUUGCUCUCGUAUGGAGACAUGAUCGUCAGGAGAGGAAGAAUAUGACCUUUGAAUUAACUAGUUUUUAAAUUAAUUCGUUGUUAAUUUAUUGAUUCUUAUAGUAUUUCAGUUAACAAAAAUAAAUAUCAGCAUCGUCAUCAUGUCGAAAUUACCUCCAAAAACGAUUUUCACCUAUAAAACGUUGGUACAUGCAACUGCCGGGGCCGCCGCCAGCAUAUUUGCAAUGAGCAGUGUGUACCCUUUAGAUAUGAUAAAAUUCAGGAAACAACUUGAGGAUAAAGAAGUAAUGGAAAAAUCAACCUUAGAUGCUAUUUUACAUCUUCUAAAAACUGAAGGAAUAGACUCGCUGUACAGAGGUAUUAGUCCAGUUGUAAGGACUUUAGGUGUAUCGACUUUUGUUUAUUUCUAUACAUUCCAUGGAUUCAAGUCCCUCAUACCUAAGGAACUAGUUAAUUCGAGGACUGACUUGUUUUUAAGUAUUUUUGCAGGUGUUGUAAACGUUCUUACAACAAAUCCUCUAUGGGUAGUAAAUAAUAGACUUAAGAGGAAAGAGGAGAAUUUACCAUACACCGGCCUUCUUGAUGGUAUGGUCUACAUUGCUACUACUGAAGGUAUAUCCACCCUAUGGAAUGGAGUAGCGCCAUCUUUAAUGUUGGUAUCCAAUCCUGCCAUUCAUUUUACAAUAUACGAAGCAUUAAAACGAAGAGUUAAUGUUAAAACAGCUACUGCUUUCUUUUUACUAGGAGCUUUAUCAAAAACUAUAGCGACAAUCAUAACCUAUCCCUUACAAGUGGCUCAAACUAGACAAAGGCUUACCAGAGGCCCCAGGAUGAGUACAGCAGCUCUGUUAUUAAUGAUGAUUAAGAAAGACGGCCCUAGCGCUUUGUUUAAGGGACUGGAAUCUAAAAUGUGGCAAACUGUGUUUGCUACUGCGUUAAUGUUCACUACGUAUGAAAAAGUAACUCAACUGGUGUUUAAAAUACUUCUAGGUGCAGCUAAAAGGAAAGCUCUUGCCCAAUAGGUUUUGUUUGCAAUGUUUUCUUUUUUCAAGAGAAUUUGUCUAGGUAAUUCAUGUUUUUCUCUUAUUGCCAAGAUCUGAUCAAAAAUUAUUGCACAUAGGAAUUUAUGUGAAUUUCGGAUUGUUCAUUUUUAAAUGGCUAUGUCGGUGGUGUGAAUGAUUUUUAUUGUUAAAUUUUAUAGAUUUAUAUCUAAAAAAAUGUGUAGUCAAUUGUUUUUAUUUAUUUUAAUAUCGAGCAUUUACCUUUUAAUUAGUCACUUGUCAAUAUUAGUUACCUAUCUAAACAAUUUUAAAGUUACAUUCAUAGGGUAUGAAGCGUACGUUUUAAGAAAUUUAAAUGGAAUUUUCUCAAAAUAUAUUUUAUUUUAAGAAGAAAUUAAUGUAACAUUCUGAGAAACUGUUUUUAAUAAGCUUCAUUAUUCUGUUGACAUGUGACAUUUUCUUCAAACUCAGCAACCAACUGUUUUGUUAAAUUGAUUCCUUUCUUUAUGGAAAAUAUUACUUUUGGUUGUUAAUGUUAUAUUUAAGCUAUUUGUUAAAAAAGGAACAAACUUAAAGUUUAAACUGAUGAUGUAUUUUUGUGAGCAUAUAAUUAUUAGCCAAAGAUAAAAUUAAAUUAAAAAAAAAAAACUUAAAAUACUGUGAUAUCGUCAAAAAUAGUUUCAUAGUUAAAAUUAUUAACUAAUAAGGCUUAAUAAAUUGUUUAUAGUGUAGUUUGCCAACUCAUCCUGAUCUAUUCAUUAUUGGUAAAUAAAUACUUUGCUUUUUUGGUUAUAAUUAACUGAGAAAUAUGUGGUAAUUGUAAAUGACAGCAGAAAACCCCUUCUAACAUUUUGAAGUUAUUUUUUUCUGUUAUAAUGAUUAAAAUGUUGCCAGUUAAUAAUAAUGAGAGUAACAUCCAUAUUCACAAAGUAUUCUUAAGUAUUUAUCUACCUAUAAAUCCUUAAAGACAGAUAUGUAAACGUCAAACCAGAGAAAAAGUAUAGUAGGGCGAUAUCAUGAUUUUUCAAACACACUGAAUCAUUAGUUACUAUUAGAAAAAUUAAAAUAAAUGAGACUAUGUUUCCUCAAAACAUAUUAAAUAUUCUUUAAUAUUUUUCUAAAAAACAAUAGAUCAAAAAUAUCAGUAAUUAAGUAAUAGUCAGUCAAAUAUCAGUUUUUCCCUGAGAAACAUCCCGUUUGAUGUUUAUCUAAUAUAAAAAGCAUAACUCGUAUUUCUGCCGGGUAUGGCCUACUUUAGAACCAUUUUUUUGUCACACCCUGGAUAUUAUUCUCAUAAUGUGGUUCCUAUUUACACACUUUUUCAGUAUUUUUUACUAUCAUUCCGAGAAAUAUAUUUCACGGUUCUUUUUACAUUCCUUAGUAUUAAUAAACGAAUGGUUAGGUCACGUCCAAGCAGAUAAAUAUAAUUAAAUAAUAUAAACAAUUUUUUCAAUUAACGGAUAUUUCAAGAUAUUUUUUUAAAGUGUUUUGCCCAUAU